CAUUCAGCCAGCAAACACAUUGACAUUGACGAGGCUGGGGUUGUGAUGUCGACAACCUCCCCAUACAAUGUGUCUUCAGCCUGAUUCUUUCUCAUAUCUUUCACUCUCAUCACGGGGUAUUGGCAAAAUCGUCUACCUGCCUUAAUAAUUGGCCCUGUUCACCUUUGAGCAAAUGUCAUCGUCACCAACAAACGCUGCUCAUCUCCGUAAUGUCCGGGUAGCCUUCGCGCAGGCACUUAAGCCCGACGAUACCAACGACUUGAAGGCGCUGCUGGAGAACCAAGAUGUCCUUCGACACGUGGACGAAAAUUACUUGCGUGAACUACUCGGCCGGGCCAUUGGACAUGGCAAUGAAGAUGCUGUCAGCCUCCUUCUUGCUGCCAAUGCAAAGACAGAUGUCACGGCUGGAUAUGGUCCCAUCCAUCGUGCAAUUCGCAACCAAAAAGCAAAAUCCCGCUGCACCAUUAUCAACCUUCUCCUCGACCACAACAGUGAUGUCGACUUUCGUGAUGCGGACGGCAAGACUCCUCUCAUGGUCGCCACCCUUCGUGGGCAACUCGAUGUCGUAAUCACACUCUUAGCACACGGUGCCGACCCAAAUGCAGUUGACAACAAAGGCAAGAACAUUCUCCACCGCAUGGCAUCCGACAGCCCGCCCGGCCCCCAGUGGAGUCCAGAUCUACUGUCCUUGCUCGUUACCAAAGUCACGGAUCGCGAAGAACGUGAUGCCGAGGGGCGAAGUCCCCUGUUAUGGGCCGCUGCUAAAGGUUCCACUCAAGUCGCCGGUGCGCUGCUACCUUCAUCCGGUGCCAAACUGGUCAAUGUCAACCAAGUCAAUGACCAUGGCGACACCGCCCUUCAUCUGGCUGCAAGAAACAACCAGCCAGAUAUGAUCAAGCUUCUCCUUUUUUCUGGGGCCAACAUCGAAGCGACAAGUGACGGGAAGUGGACUCCCUUGCUCGUUGCGGCAAAGGCUGGUCAUGAAGCGGCCAUUGAUGCUCUUUUGACCCAUGUUCCCAGCGCAUAUGUCAAUGCUCGAACCUCAUCGGGCAUGACGGCCCUGCACUGGGCUGCUGAGAACGGUAAGCUCGCGGCAGUUCAAAGAAUUCUCAAAGUUCCUUCCGUCCACAAAAACAUCAAGGAUAGCUUCGACAGCACCCCCUUGAUUCGAGCAGCUCAACGUGGCCACUGGGACAUUGUCGAGGAGCUCCGGCCUCUGGUCCUUCAGGGGCCGACCGAUCGUCUGGCCCGCAAGGCGUGCGAGCGCUUCCGAGCCGCCGUGGUCAACUUCUUCCAGGACGAUCGAUCCCCGACCGGAUUCAAGAGUAAAGUCGACAGGCAUACAGUUUGGCAGGUUCUUUACGCCCGAGGAAAAGACCCACACAAGUUUGCAAUUCCCACGAUCUAUGACGAUAUCGAAAGCAGGAAGCCCGAUUUCAGAUGGAUCCAUCUCCCUGCAAACAAUCUUUCUUGGCUCGAGGCCAUCCUAACCAAACAUUUUCUCGAGCGCAGGUCCAAGGACCUCUCGCCGCUAAAAGCGCUGCUGAGGUUGUUUGGACGUCAGCAACAUCGCGGCUCCAAAGUUCACUCCCGCUUCAUGCGACCCUCGUGCAAACGUAUCCCCAUUACGAGAACACGACCCUUGGAGAUGCCCGAGCUGAAUUCCGCCACUUCGCGGAGAUCAUCUCACUCAACCCAGGCAGAGAUAAACAGUGCUCUUCAUUCAACCUUUCGACCCCGCCCGCCGAGUCCAGCUUCCAUGACAGGCCCGCAACCACCACCACCCCGAGUACAAGGUUCGGUUCAGCCUCAGCAGCAGCAAGAGGUCGAAGACAUGAUAGUGGUAUUCAUGCCAUAUCUCCACUGGGAAAGUGACGAGAAUCGACGUGCAUUGACCCAGUCGAUCAGACUGCCUCGACACCAGAUGAGUAGUAUUGGAGCGGAGGAAAUGGCUCGAGUGAUCAAGGAUGAACUGCUGAUCCAUGGCUACCCGGUUGACAGAUCUACCGAACUGCACCCCCGGCGAACCUUGGACCAGUUCAAACACCACAGCACCGACACCGACCCUCAGGACGUCGACCAGGUCGUCUACCGGUACUGCAAGAACAACAAUGAAGAAGCCAAGAUUUACAUGGUGGACCAACUGUGGUUGGUUACCGUGGGCGAUCUCCUGAUCACCUGCUUUCCUGAAAGAUGGGGCCAGCCACGUCGAGAUCCUCUCAAUUUGUUCGAUGGCGUGGUUGAAGACAUCAAUUCCACCACCCGACCUCCGGUGCGCAACGUGUACGAAUUGAGCAUCCUGAUUACGGAACGCUGCACAGGAGUCUUUGAUCGUCAUCAAUGGGGAGAUGAAGAGCUGUUGUUUGCAGAAAUGUUUGAACUGAGUAUCGGUAUCUUGACCCGUAAAGAGACGGCAUUGUUUAGCCGAUUCAAGAAUGAUUCCAUGGUCGCAGCACAUUGGCUCAAAGAGCACGGCAAGAACAGUGCAUUGUACGAGAAGCAACUUGUCAGCCCUCAAGAAGACUAUGCACACCAACAUUCUGCUCACCUUGACUCGGACAUCGACGCUCCGACCGAGUCUACCGGGAGUAUUGCUCAAGACCAUAAGCUGGAAGCAGAUGAAUUCGUGAACAAACUGCUGAACAUCGACGAAGAGGCCGCCCUGUUGGUGGAGUGUAAGGAUAUUGAAGACGAACUUGAGAUUCUUUCAAACGUCCUCCGGCAACAAAAGCAGGUGUUGAAGAAUGUCGAAGACGAGCUCCGAGGUUCCAAGACAGUAGCAUACCACCAACGCUUAGAUGCAUAUACCAAGCUAGGCGAGCAGCAGAGACUGGUGGAUGCCGAUAUCACUGAUUUGGCUCGCAUGGCGCGACAGGCCAGAAGCGUAAAUGACAACCUUACCCAAAUCCUGGACUUGAAACAGAAGCACGCCAAUGCGGUCGAAGCACGGUUUCAACGGGUCCAGGCCCAGGAAACCGCCCGUCAAGGACAAACGCUCAUGGUUUUCACCGUGGUCACCAUUGUUUUCUUACCUCUGAGCUUCCUGGCAACUGUUUUUACUAUCGAUAUCAUUGAGUUUCCGCGGCCGCCCGAUUCUGGUUCUGGCGAACUCCAUCUCGGCUGGGUGCUGAAGUAUGUCCUGGGAAUAGGACUUGGAGUGAGUGUUCCACUCAUUUUCUUUGCAUUUGUGGUAGGAGACUUGAAGGCCUGGUGGGCUCGACGCGGCAUGACCAUGUCACAUUCGAACUCGAAACAGGCUUCCAGCAAGUCGGACGACGGUGUCCGCGAUGUCAGCCAUCUUGGUCUAGACUCUCGAUGGCCUCGGGCUAUACGUGGACGAAGACGAGUGGAGGCAGGCGAUGGAGAACGGGGUGAGAUUGAGGAUGACAAGAUGCUUCCGUUUCAAAGACCUCCGACUCUGAACCCACGAAUCUCGAGAAAUUCCGUGCCGACAGCACUUCCUAACCUGGUGUUACCAAACAGACCAGCUCUGUCGAGUAUGGAGUCGGAUCGUAGCGCGAACCCAAUUCGUCGUCUCAGGCGUACCGUCACCGAUCGCACAGAAAUGUCGGCUGCAACGGAGGAUUUGGAGGUCGGACGCACAUAA